AUGUUCCCGUGCCGGCCGCUGGUGUCCCCGCCGCUGCCGCGGGCCCUCGCCGCCGCGGCGCCCGUCUCCGUGCGGCGGCGGCUGCCGUGGUCGCCGUCGACGUCGACGUCGCUGCGCGUGGUGCGGUGCAUGGCCAAGGAGCGGCGGGUGCGGAUGGUGGCGAAGCAGAUCCAGCGGGAGCUGGCGGACAUGCUGACCCGCGACCCCGUGAUGCAGCGCGCCGUCCUCCCCGAGGCCGCCCUCGGCGCCGACCGCUACCUCUCCUCCCUCACCACCAUCGCCGACGUCGAGCUCUCCAACGACCUGCAGGUGUGCAAGGUGUAUGUGUCCGUGUUCGGGGACGAGAGGGGGAAGAAGGUGGCCAUGGCCGGGCUCAAAGACAAGACCAAGUACGUCAGGAGCCAGAUUGGCAAGCGGAUGAAGCUGCGCCUCACGCCCGAGAUACGGUUCAUCGAAGACGAGUCCAUGGAGCGCGGAAGCAGGAUUCUUACGAUACUGGACAAACUAAAGGAGGAAAGGGAGCAGAGAGAAGGAAAUGCUGAAGACGAAGAUGGGGAAGUUUCAGAUAUAGCAGAAGAAGAAGAUGGUGACUGGGAGGGAGAUGAACCAGAUGAGGAGGACAUAAUUUAUGUAAAAUAG